AUGUCUACCACGUCCUUUACUUUUUCUGCUUCAACUUCGAUGUAUGCUGACGAUUUCCGUAGGCGCCAGUCUCAGAGUUGCGAUGCGUGUCGAGCCAGAAAAGUCCGCUGCGCCAGAGAAAAUCCCGAAGACCAGAAACAGUCGUGCAAACACUGCAUAACGCUUGGUAUUCCUUGCACCUAUGACUACCAACCAAAAAAACGCGGCCCUCCAAACCUGUAUUUGCGGAGAUUACAAGAGGCCGCUGCCGCGGCUGCUGCUGUAACUUCGCCAACCAGCGAAACCCCUACAACCGACCAUGAGCCUUCAACUUCACCGGUAUCCAGCCCAAUCCAGAAAAAUUUGUCCGUUGGCUCGAAGAGUCCACCACCAGGCUAUCUUGAGCCAACUCUCAAACCCUCAGUUACAAGCAUCGCCGUUCCUCCCUCCCGCUACCAAAUCGCCGCCGACACCUUCCAUCCUCAGUUCAGCUCGCCACCAACCAACUUCAUUCGUCCCGCUGAAAUGGCCAACAUGAAACUUGAGGAGUUUCACUCACCGUCCGAGUCAUUCAGCACUUAUCCCUUACACAACUGGUCGUAUAAACAACAUCAAGCCCUCCCUCCGCAUCCGCCAAACAUUGUCCCCCCACUCUCCUACUACUAUCGACCACGACGAUUGGACGAGAUUGCCCCACGAGAUACCAUCUCGUUAAUCAUCGCGUUAUUCUUCGACUUUGUUUACCCUCUCACUCCCUGCAUUCACAAACCUUCCUUCAUGGCUGAUCUACAUGCCCGCCGAGAAGAACGGGACCCCCUAUUUUUCGCUCUUGUCAUGUCGACUGUUGCGUCGACUCUGGUCCAAGUCCCAAGGUCUUACGUUCCAAUGGAGCGGCCCGUAGUCCGCAAGUUGGCACAGACUUGCCACGAAGCCAGUCGUCAUAUAACGAUUGCCUCGUACGACCCACCAACGUCGAUGCACGUGGUCAUUCGAUACUUCGAUUGCAUCUACCAUUUCUGUGAGGGUCAUGAUGCCACACAACACGCAGCCUUUGGGGAAGCUGCCCAUAUUGCGGUCACGUUGAGACUUCAUGAGGAAGCCGCCUACGAAGGCAUCGAUCCCAUUGAGUGCGAGGUGCGACGUCGGGUAUUCUGGCUUCUUUUUGGAGCGGACAAGUCCAUGUCGAUUCUUCUUGGUCGGCCCAUCUGCUUGCGUGAUGAGGACUGCACUCUGCACUUCCCCAAAGAACUGGAUGAUGAAUACAUCACUCCCAGCGCAUAUCUUCCUCAACCGCAAGGCAAAACGGCUAUUGUUUCCGGACUCAACUAUACGUCGAGAAUAUUCGCUCUCCUCGGCGAAAUCCUUGUGCGGAUUAGGGUCGACAAGCGGUCUCCGCCGCAAGGGCAAUUUGCAACUGCUCGUCUUGAAGAAGUCCAAUCACUCCAUAGUCGCAUCUGUGCAGCACUGUCGCAUUGCCCCGAACCUUUGCGUCUCAAGCGAUCAUUCUCGACCAAUGUACCACCCGAAUAUGGAGGGGCCGGAUUCCGACAAGCUACUUUUGCGGAGGUCAAAGACUUCUUUGACAACCCCAAUGCAUCAAGGGAAAAUGCUCUCAAUCCGUUCCUUGUUGUUCAGGGCAAUAUCUAUGUCACUCAGCAACUGGUUCGGUUCGUCAUCGAGCAGUACCGUGAUGAGUUGAUGCUGCAAAUAAACGGCGCCAUCGACGAACACAAGGUCGCAGAGGAUCGCGAGGCAGUUGCUAGUGACCUCUUGAACAUCUUACACAGCAUUCCCAUCCAAUCAAUCGCAACGAAUGGGCCGAGUUUAGUUCACAAAGUCCGCUUCGUGGCGUCCACCUUAUUGGAUGCUGUUCGAAAAGCAGAGACAGCGCCUGCGUCAGCCGCGCGAGCUCAUGCCUAUCUCUGGGACUUUUUAAGCAUCCUGUCGGAAAUUGAGCGGAACUAUUUGCUCGAUGACGACAGGGACGGGACUUCAUCAGGCGACGUAUGGCAUGGCUAUGAUGACGUGAUUCGCUUUUCUGGUCUUAUUAUUGUUGUUGCUCUCGACGAAUACCCUUUAUUGAUGAGAAAUGCGACGAUUCUGGUUGUGCGCUUGAAGGGUACUGCAACUGAAGUAAUCAAGAAUAUUGUGCUGGCCGGAAUUGGAAAACUUGUCAUCAUGGAUUCCGAAGACGUUGUCGAGGAAGAUCUUGGCUCCGGCUUCUUUUUCAGAGAUGAGGAUGUCGGCAAAAAGCGGGUCCUCGCAGCACGGGAACGCAUAGAGAGCCUUAAUCCGUCUGUGACCAUUGAGACAAUCGCCACUUUUCCCGCAGGAGAAGAGCUCGAUGCGAUCGUACAAACCGUAGACUUGGUUUGCGUGACCGAUUGGGACAAGGAGGGCCUACUAAAAUUUAACGCGACUUGUCGGCGGUUGGCGAAACCACUCUAUGCCGGCGGCACAUACGGCAUUCUGGGCUAUAUAUUUUGUGAUUUGCUUGCCCAUGAAUACGUUGCACCGUUGGUUAUUUUUUUAUUUGCUAGCGCCCCGUUUUCUCAACAUGGUUUCGCUAGUCACGACCGAUCCGUCCCAAAAGAUGCGCAAAAGAACAUCAAAUAUACUGUUGCAUACCCAACAUUGACUGAGGCAUUGACUCACAAGUGGACACAGCUGACCAAACGACAAACGAAAGAGGUGAAUCCUGCUGCUGUGUUUACUAUUCUUGGUCUAUGGGAGUACCAAAAACGACAUGGAAGACUACCGGCCGGUGCCGCGGCUGCCACUGAGCUCCAAUCACUGUCUGAUUCCUUGCUUUCUGCAGCAGAUGUGAGAAAACAGGUGCUCGAGUCGGUACCGUCGGAGCUUAUACAAUCGCUGUCUGAUACUGCAACGGCCGAGUUUUCUCCUGUGUGCGCCAUUGUGGGUGGUAUGCUUGCUCAAGACAUUCUCAAAACGCUUGCGGCUCGCGAUCCUCCCAUCGCCAACUUCUUCACAUUUGAUGGCAAUACUGGCGCAGGAACUGUUUGUCGUAUGUCCAUGCCUUGA